CAAAAUAUUGGGGCAAGAAGUGUAAUUAACGCAAAAAGAGAUAAAAGGGCAAAAUUUUCUCCAGAUCAAAUCUUCAAUAGUAGUCUCGAACCUCGCCAGAAUUUCGAUCUGAUCGUUUUUUGCUGCAUAAACCCCAAUCAAUAGUGCCCAUGACAGUUAUAGAAGUGGCAGCGCCGAGCCCAAUGAGGUACAUGAUGGGAGCAGCUGUAAUGAUGAUCGGCGUUGUAUUGCCCCUUGCCUAUAUGAUGUUUAGGAACAAGCGUGUUCCUUCCUCUUCUUCUUACUCUAAACAGACGUAGGAAUAAGGUUCUUAUAUAGAUUGCAUACUCAGAAUGAGCUUUUGGAAAAGAGAACAAAGAGAAGAGCAGAGGUGGCAACUCAGCAAUUGUUGUAAAUGCAUUAACUUUCUUAUUUGGAUUGAGAUCUCUUGAACUAUAUUGUUAAUUUUUACUGAACUUUAGGAUUCUUGUUUCCCAGAGUUUAGACUGUGCUUUCCUCUCAGAGAUAUAGUUUAGCUUGGUAUCACAAGUCGAAUAGAGAGAAAACCCACUACUGCUGUAUUAUGGUGGAUUUUUUUCUUGAAUAUCUUUGCCUAGAAUGCAAGCUAUGUUGUCAGCAAUCUGUUGACUCUUGUUGUGCUUAAGCAGAAGUAUAUUUGUUGAUGCAAUAGUACGGUAUAAGCUUGUGCUGAUAUACUUCAUGAGAAUUGUUGUUUUUCUUGAUGGGGCUAUAUGAUCAAGAAGAUGCAAACAUUCCCAAGUUUUGGGAUGUAGAUUAAUUAGAAUUGAUGUGGUAUUGACAAA